AGCCCUUGCGUAAACCAUCCACCAUCGCCAAUCCAGAGCUGGGCUGCGUAACAUGGCGUACCACCACCUCAUCACGCGCAACCUCAAGCCGAUCACCCUCGCGGCCAUGUUCCACAGCACCCCCAUCGCCCUCUUCUUCCCCCACGACCCCGAGUACGCCUUCUGGGUCAACUGCGUCUCCGUCGCCCUGCUGGCCCUCUUCCUGCGCCUCCUCCUCGCCUUCCGGCCCGCGCUGGAGAGGACCGUGUGGUCGGUCGCUGCGCUGCGGGCGACUCUGAGAGUAGGCCCCGUCCCCCGAGAGGGCGAUGAUGGUGGUGAUGAUGAUGGUGGUGGUGGUGGUGGUGGUGAAUCUGGUCGUGAUGAGGAUGAUGAUGAUGAUGAUGAUGUCGAGUUCCGCGGAACUGAUGAUCCAACUGCGAAACAGAGGCACAGUGUUAGGACGCUGCCUUGGGCCUUGAAGCCCUUUGGCACUGCACCGCUGAGCCACGUCGACGAGGCUGCGCGGAUUUCCAUCCUGCGCGCUCGCCGUGCUAUGUAUGAGGUUCUCAUUGCCUUUGUGGGGUACCUGGUUUUCAUUUCGAUAUUGUCAUUGAAUAUCGCUUACUUCGUUUCGGCACUCGUUGGUCUUUUCUUCGGGAAUCUCAUGAUAGGCAGGGAUGAUAUUGACGAAAGUAACCCUCCGCCAGCUCAUUUCCAGUCCUACAGUCGUCGGCGAUAG